AUGGCUUCUAAUGAUAACCAAAAUGAAAGGACUCCGGAAGAUCUCCAGCCAGGGGACCUGAUUGAAAUAUUCCGACCAGCUUACCAACACUGGGCCCUAUACCUUGGUGAUGGUUAUGUCAUCAACGUGGCUCCACUGGAAGAGACUGCUGCUGCUUCGUUCUCAAGUGCCAAGUCAGUUUUUAGCAGGAAAGCUCUUGUUAAGAUGCAACUUCUGAAAGAUGUAGUCGGAAGCAAUACGUAUAAAGUAAACAAUAAAUAUGAUGAUAAAUAUACGCCUUUGCCAGCUGAAGAAAUUAUCCAACGGGCAGAACUUCUUAUUGGCCAAGAAGUAUGUUACGACCUCCUUGGGAAUAACUGUGAGCAUUUUGUAACCCUACUUCGCUACGGGGAAGGAGUGUCUGAUCAGGCCAAUAGAGCUAUUGGCGCCAUUGGGUUUGUCACAGCGGCUGCAGGAGCAUUCUCAUUACUUGGCAUGUUUCAAAACAAGUCAAGGCAAGGACAACGUUAAAAUGAACAUUAGCAAAGGAUGGAUUUGAAAAUGAAUGGGGGAAAAAAACGCAUAUAUUGGAGUGGUAAUUUUCUUCAUAUGAUACAAUGGUUUAGUCUAUAUUUACAAUA